AUGGCACCUCCUGGUUGGCACGCGAUUCGACCUACAGGCCUCGCAAGAAGCAUCUUGGCUGUUGCCAUCACAUUUUCCAUACUAUGUACUAUUAUCAUAAUACUGAGAGUCACAGUUCGUCUCCGUCUUCGCAAGUUCGCAACUGAGGAUUGGCUCAUGUGUAUUGGAUAUGUGAUAAACAUGGUACACAAUGCCGUUAUAAGCUACGGCACAUUUACUGGACUCGGCAGUCCCGAUGAAAGAAUUCCAGGCGGAGCAACAGGUGUGAUUUGGAUGGAGGGAGCUAAGUCAGUCUUUCUAUGGCAGAUCUUCUUCCUGAGCGGCUUCGUUUGGAUCAAAUGCAGUAUCUGCUUGACCUUACUCCGUAUCGCAGUUAUAAGAUGGCACCGAAUUACGCUAUGGACUUUGAUCGGUAUCACUGUCAUUUCCACCGUCUUUGUUGAUAUCUACAUCCUACUCCAAUGUCGACCAAUCGAGAGGACUUGGGGCGAAAAGCCAGGAACCUGUCUCCCGAACACGAUCACUGUGGUGAUCACUUUCGUCAUCUCUGCAUUUAAUCUCCUGACCGACGUUACCACUGCGGUUCUGCCCUUUCUUAUGUUACGGAAGGUUCAGAUGUCCCGAAGGCGAAAGACUGCUAUUAUCAUGGUUCUUUCGCUUGGUGUCAUGGCUUCUAUUGCGACUAUUGCUCGUCUCCCUUUUGGAACUGCUUACUUUGCGAAGAAAGACUACCUAGUUGGUAUCGGCGAUAUUAUCCUUUGGACCAUCGUCGAGUGCGAUCUUGCACUUAUCGCAGGUUCACUUCCCAUGCUUCGGGCCCUAGUUAAAGGUCUAAACAGCAAGGGAACCACAAACGGUUACUACGUCCAGUCAUCUGAAUUAAACCCGAUAAGCCGCAAAGGAUACCUCCUCCAGAACGACACGUCAGUGAGAACCACGAGCCAUGGGCGUAGUGAGAGUAUAGAGGGUAUAAUGGUGAAGAAAGACCACAUCAUUAUUCAUGAGAACCGAUCUCAAGAGGGGCAGGAGUUUGAAGGUACAUAUCAAACUCAGACUUAUGUCUAG